GAUCGCGACAAGCAUCACGGAGAUCAAUCAUUUCAGUUUGUUUGCGCAUAGAGAGGCAAGACAGGGUCGGCUUCAUCCAGCAGCCCCAAUCCGAUAAGAUGGCGACUCUGGAACUCCCACUCUCAUUGCAGUGACCCAACAACUCAACAUGCACAUCUUCAAACAAGACUCUCGCGUUGUCACACUCAUCAAAGACUGGCAGUGGCAGGAGGCGUCGCCCGACAAAGAGUCAUGGACACAGUGCAAGUACAACCCGAGUCAAAUUCACCUUGAGCUGCUUGAUGCUAAGGUCAUCGCAGAUCCCAAUAUUGGUAUGAAUGAGACUGGACUGCAGUGGAUCGGAGAGCGAGACUGGGAGUACAAGAGCUGCUUUCAUGUGGCAAGUUUGGAUGCUUGCGAGUUUGCUGAUCUUGUCUUUGAAGGCCUGGAUACAUUUGCUACUGUCUCUCUCAACGGAUCGCAUAUUCUUAGCAGCGACAAUGCCUUCCACACUCACCGUGUCAAUGUCAAGGCUAAUCUUCGCGUCGGCAUCAAUAUCUUGCGGCUUCAUUUUGCAUCCGCAAUCGUGGAAGGCCACAAGUUAUACAAGAGGAAUGGUGAGGGUAUCGUCUGGAAUGGCGACCCUUCUAGGCUGCAUGUACGAAAGCCUCAGUAUCAUUAUGGCUGGGACUGGGGGCCUGUUUUGAUGACGUGUGGCCCUUGGAAACCAGUCAUGCUUGAACAGUACAAUACUCGAAUCAGCGACUUGCGCGUCGAAACCUCCAUCUACAAGAAGGAGCCUGCCGACAUCAAGCUUGACAUUGCUGUCCACCCAGCCUCUUUUUGUGGUGACUUUCAAGUCGAAUGUGUCACACCAGACGGCACAUCACUUCGAGCUACUGUUUCUGCACGUAACGGCAAAGCGAAGCAUGUAUUCACCAUCUCUGCACCAGAGCUGUGGUACCCUGUGGGCUAUGGCGCUCAGCCGCUCUACACCGUCUCUGCUUCACUUGGAAGACACACAUUAAUGGCCCGACUCGGCCUCCGCGUAAUUGAACUGGUUCAGCACAGUCUUGAGGGUCAACCUGGCACAUCCUUCUUCUUUCGCGUCAACGGCGUACCCAUCUUCGCCGGUGGCUCCAAUUGGAUACCGGCCGACAAUUUCCACUGCAGACUCACGCGAAAAGACUACUUCGCUUGGGUAAAGAGAGCUGUCGAUGGUGGUCAGAAUAUGUUGCGCGUUUGGGGUGGUGGUAUUUACGAGUCUGAUGACUUCUACGAUGCUUGCGAUGAGUAUGGCAUUCUCGUCUGGCAAGACAUGAUGUUCGGUUGUGGGCAGUACCCAGCAGGCCAUGAGUUCAUGCUUUCUGUGAAGAAGGAGGCCAUCGACAACUUGACCAGGCUCCGUCACCAUCCAUGCCUAGCACUUUUUUCUGGCGGCAAUGAAGACUACCAAGUCUGCGAGAGCUACAACUUGACUUGGGACAAAGACGACACUGACUGGGAGCGUGUGGCCAAAAGCAAUUUUCCGGCUCGCGCAAUAUACGAGCAUCUGUUGCCAGAAGCUGUUUCAGCUGUCUCGCCUUGGAUACCUUACUGGCCUUCCUCACCUUUCGGUGGGACAUCAACGCGCGACCCAACUGUAGGCGACGUUCACCAGUGGAACGUGUGGCACGGCACUCAGGAGCCUUAUCAAGACUAUGGCAAGUUGGGCGGACGCUUUGUAAGUGAGUUUGGCAUGCAAGGUUUAUCCGACAUCAAAACUCACAACUACUAUCUGCGUGACACGACAGAUGCUCGCGAGCGUCAUCCGCAGUCGAAAACGAAUGUGCACCACAACAAAGCAGAUGGAAGUGAGCGUCGCCUGGCUGUCUACUUGAACGAGAAUUUUCGAUACAAUAUGGGCAAUCUGGAAGACUACAUCUACGCCACCCAGCUUAUGCAGCAUGAAGCUCUGUCCUAUGCCUACCGCAUGUGGCGCAGAGAAUGGCGUGGUGAUCGUCGAGAAUAUUGCGCUGGUGUGCUCGUCUGGCAACUCAAUGACUGCUGGCCUUGCACUUCUUGGGCAAUCUGCGACUACUUCCUACGACCCAAAGCAGCAUACUUCGGCAUCAAGCGAGAGCUGCGGCCAAUCCAUGGCGGUCUUCAGCGGCGGCGCGACGAAAAGUUUCCGACUUUGAAGGCGAAACUGCCCGCCAGUGCCGAUCAGAUGCAGGCGCCAGGCCCUCCCUUCUACUACGGCCCCUGGUUAGACACUGUUGAUGUUUGGGCGCUGAAUAAUACGCUCGAGGCGUUCUCCGCAAAAAUUGUUGUCGAAGCCUAUCACGUCGAGUCUGGGCAACGUGACGAGUCCUUUCGCUUUGAAAAGGUGAUCACCGUGUUGGCGAACUCGUCGACUGAUGUCUCAGCCGAUGUUGCUAUCUCGAGCGAGCAGGCUGAAUCGUGCGUCUUGGCUUUGACGUUGACUUGUGUGCUUUCGGGCACUGUCGUUGGACGAUCGUACGAUUGGCCUCAGCCUUUCAAGUACCUGCAUUUCCCGAAGCGGCGCGUUUCUGUCGAUGUUGACGAGUCGGGCAAGCUUGUGCGGGUAUCUGCUGAUCGCCCAGUGAAGGGUCUGGUGCUGAGCUGCGAGCAUGACGUGGACUUUGCAGAUAACUGUAUCGAUCUAGUGCCAGGUCAAGUGCACGAAAUCGCGCUAGGCCAUUACAAUGGUGAGAAAAUUUCAGCCCGCUGGUAUGGCGAUGAAGAAGAAUAGCUGCCGUACGCUCAUUAUGUAGACUCUUGUGUUGCAAUCAAAGUCAUACAAUGUGACUAGUUCUACAGUCUCAAGCGCAUUAGAAAUUAGAAUUCAAGUCUAAGAG